AUGAAAAUGUCAAGUCUUGUGAAACUCUUGUGUUUGAUGCUCUGCAUCGUGUGUGCACAAUCGGUCAUUGUUCGUAAUGGAGUUUAUGAUAAUCUUGUGAUUGAGAUCCAGAAGGAUGUUAGCGAUGAAGAUUGCAGUCGAUUUUUGGCGACACUUGAGAACACCUUAUCAGCCUCAUCACAGCACCUUCAUCAAUCCCUCGACGGUCGCAUCUACUUCUCAUCCUUUGAGAUCAUCAUCCCCUCAACAUGGUCAUACAAUUGCCUCACCAACUCCUCAACCGUAACAAGCUACAAUGGCGCAUCAACGGAUGUUCAAAUCACAAAAUCCAAUCCAAUCUUUGGCGAUUACUUGUGGACACAACAGUCAGGUGGAUGCGGUGAGCAUGGCGAUCAAAUUUACGUCAGCGAGCGCUCAAUUCGUGACGAUUUCCAGAACAUUGAGAAGAAGUUUGCCAAUGAAUUUAUGAAAUAUCGUUACGGUGUCUUUGACAAGAAUGGCUUUGAUGGCGAUGCAAUCUAUCCAAAAUGUAGCGCAAGCGGCAAUCCAAUGUGCACUGAUGCUUUAGCACUCGAUAGUCAUUCGUAUAAUAAAUACAUGCCAACGAAGCAGAAUCAACUUUGCGACCGGAUGAGUCCAAUGGAUGUGAUUUUACGGAAUGUUGACUUCAACGGAACGCAACGGAAUCAAAAUUUUACUGCACCGACUUUUAAUUAUGUCCGAAAGAUGAGCACGCGCUAUAUGUUGCUGCUUGAUGAUCAUGCUGACAUUUCCAUUCGUGAUUCUUUUGGAUUUUUACGUGAUUCAAUCAGGAAGUGGUUGGAUAAGGAUCUGAUUCAUCAUGGAACGGAAGUUGGCAUCAUCAAGUUGAACUCGAACAAUGCAAGUGAUCCAAUCAAGUCAAUUUCAGGAAGUGAUGAUCGUGAGGAAAUUAUGUCAAAUUUGCCAUUUAGUGUCACUAAUCGUGGUGGAUAUGGAAAGUGCAAUGUGUAUCCGGCAAUUAUGAAGAGUGUCAAUAUUAUGCAGGAACGAUCGAAUGUUCAUGGAGAUGCUAUUAGUUCCAUCAUCCUUAUUGGACCUGGAAUGUAUAAUUGUAGUGAGGAAAUCAUGACUGAAAUUAUUGAAAAAUGUAAAUCAGCAAAUAUUAAAAUUGUGACUGUAAACUACCCAAUUAUUGGAAUCAAUCGAGUUCCAAUGGACGAACUUGCUAUUAAGACUGAAGGCGAAGCUUUCACAGUCCUCGAAAAGAAGAAGAAUGAAGACAAAAGUUCACUUGCAACAUUCUUUGAGCUUACAAAUGUUUUCAUGUACAUCAGUGCUAAAUUCCAUCAUGGCGAUGCCUCAGAACUUCCAAUUGAGAUUUACCGAAAGGAACUGAUCGAUUCCAACACAUCCGGCGAUUCCACAAAGUCACGAACUUAUACAGACAGCUUUAAUGUUGAUGACACGACUAAGAAUAUCAAUUUCUUUGUCUACAAUUAUGACCGUAAGGAACUCGGAUCAGUUAUUGAAGAUAUCAGCCUCACAUCCCCAAAUCAAGUCUCAUUCUCAAGAAUUUCGGAGCUUAGAUCUGAUUAUCAUCAAUUGACACUUGUUGGAAAUCUCAGCGGCAUUGGAUCAUGGCAUUACAAUAUCAAGAGAUUCUAUGGCAAUCAACAGCCACACUUCGUUCAAGUCCUUGCAUAUCCAAAAAUUGACACAAACAAUUUCAUCACUGCUCGCGCAUGGAUUAAAAGACCAUCAACUGGUGCACCAAAUAUCAUUUAUGCUGAAGUCAUGCAAGGAAGCUUACCAAUUCUCGAUGCCUUAGUUGAAGUUGUUGUAAGACAGCCAAGUGGACGUGAUGAAAGAAUUCAAUUGUUUGAUAGUGGAAAUAGCGAUCCUGAUGUCACUAAGGGCGAUGGAGUCUACUCAAGAUAUUAUACAGUUGAUGAACCUGGAAUGUAUAGAUUUAGCAUUAAGAUUACUGACAAUGGAAAUACAGCUUACAGUCAGAUUGAUCGUGAUCCAUCAAAACAAAUUCACUGCUGUGGAAGUGCCAUAACAACUCAAUCUAAACAACCAGUCACACCAUUCACACGUUACAUCACUCCAAUCACACUUUUUAUCAGCGCAGAAGAAAUUGAGAAUGAAAAGUCAAAGAUUCCAUUCAUUGGACGCAUUGGAGAUCUUCAUGUGGUUCCACAGACAACAAAUGGAAGUGAAAAAGUCACAUUGGAGUGGACUGGACCUGAUACUGGAUCUGAAAUCUCACAAAUUUCAUAUGAGAUUCGAUAUACAUUUAAUUUAAAGGAUAUUGUCGAUAAUUUUGAUGUCAUUGGAACAGUUUUGCAUCUGGGCGAGACGAUUCCACACUCAAUUGGACAAGGAGCAUCAGUGACAUUGAAUCUAGCCAAUGAACAUGGCCUUAUUGGAGUUCCAUUCUAUGUUGCAAUCAGAACAAUCAACGAAGAAGUCUCAACAGGUCCAAUCUCAAAUGUAGUUCGAGUUUUCGUCCCAAAACGUCGUCCAACUGCAUCACCAAGCUAUACACACAUUGACAAUGACAUGUACGAGUCAGAUCCAUCAAUGGAACCAGUUGAUGAUGAUGAAACUGUUGGAAUAUUCAGAAAUGCUAAAUUAGCUGGAAUUCCAUGGCAAAUUCUAGUUCCAGUCAUCAUCUGCUGCAUCAUUGUCUUCAUAAUCAUCACAAUCUACUGCUGGUGCUGUGUCUUCCGCAAGAGAACCUACUCAGAUGCCAAAAAGCCAACAAAAUCACCGUCGAAGCCAUCAAUCUCAGUAAUUACACCAACAACUCCAUCAUAUCAACCACAACCAGUCCAACAGAACCAAUAUCAUAUGGAUCCAGUCACUAAUGGCAAUUCACAUCACAGCUACUUGGUUGAUGUUCCAGACCACCACACAAUUGGACUUCCAAUGAUGGAUGAUGACAUGAUGAAGCCUGACUUUAGUGAUCAUGAUAAAAUGUUGAUUGAGGAGAUGAAGCAACAGCAGAGAUUCCAACAACAAGCCUUACUUGAUGCCUAUGGUGAUCAACAGCAAAUCUUAUCAUCAACUUUAACUAGAAAUGGACAAUAUUUAUCACCUUAUGAAUCCUGGUCAGCAUCAACACUCUUAGCAGAACAUGAAGUCCGUCAAUCGCCAUUAGAUCAUGAAGGUUCAAUUAUGUAUGUUGAUGCCAACGGCGAGAUGGUGCCGCCAAUUCCACCACAUCCUUAUAAUGUAAAUAAUGGUGGUACUUAUGGAUAUGUUGAUCAAAUUCGUCAACCACCACCAACGUAUACGAGCGUUUAUCGACCACUUGUACGUGGCGUGCCUGGACAAGGAUCGAUGCAAUCGGUCGUUAGCAGUGCAAUGAUGAGUAAUGGUGAUCCUAAAAAAAUUCGUAAUGUUACUAUGGUGUAAAAAUUCUUAUAUGGGGAUGUGGACUUGUAGUACAAGUCUGUGGACCCUCAUUGGUUGCCAGUUUUAGUUUUUUUAUGAAAAAGAUUUCCUUGAUCUCACAAAUUUUUAAUUAAUAUGGUUGAUUUAGUUGAAAUGAAUUGAUUGCAGGGGG